AUGGGAGUACCCACCUUCUACCGAUGGCUGGUUACGAGGUACCCAAAAAUAGCCAAAGCAACCUACGAGACGAGAGACAGCGAUGUGUACGCGAGGAGAACGAAGAUCCGCGACGGGCACCGCGAUGGGCACCGCGACGGGCACCGUGAUGGUGAGGGGAAGGCCACCUAUAGAGUACCAGACCUGAGCGAUUACGUAAACAACACAGAUGAAACCCACUGCUCAGACAACAUAAAUGGCUACUUUGACAAUUUGUACCUUGACAUGAACGGAAUAAUUCACCUGUGCUCCCACAGUGAUAAUAGCAAGAGAGCCAAAAGUAACGAAGAAAUAUUUUUAAAUAUCUUCUUGUACAUAGAACGUCUCUUCGAUAUAAUCGAGCCGAAGAAACUUCUCUACAUGGCCAUUGACGGAGUAGCUCCCAAGGCCAAAAUGAACCAGCAGAGGAGUCGAAGGUUUAAGUCUAUCCUCUGCUCAGAAAUUGAAAGAAAUGCCUAUAUCCAAUUGAGGGAGAAAUUUUUAUCCGAAAAUCGAGUAGUUCCAGAGGAGUUCACCUUCUGGGAUAGUAACAUUAUAACGCCAGGCACCCAGUUCAUGUACGAAUUGUCAGUUGCUUUGAAAUAUUUUGUGGAGCAUAAAAUUACAAAUGAUGAGAAGUGGAAGAAUAUUGUGGUCAUUUUUUCUGAUGCUAAUGUGUGUGGAGAAGGGGAACAUAAAAUAUUUAAUUUCAUAAAAUCGCAGAGGGCUCAGCCGGGGUACGAUCCUAACACGAGACAUGUAAUUCACGGGAUGGAUGCUGACCUAAUUAUGUUAUCGCUAGCUAGCCAUGAGCCGUAUUUUUACAUUUUAAGGGAAAUUAUUAUCUUAGAUUCUAAGGGAGAGGAGAAGGUGCAGAAUAAAGACUUCGUGGGGAUGCUCAAGAGCAAGCAGGAUUUACCCCUCUGUACCACCCACAUGAGAAAAACCAAAAGAAUGUACACCAAAUAUAAUGACCCACAUUAUGCGAACAUAAGUAGAAGCCACAACUGUUUGAUUAACAGUGAAAAUUGGAACGAAUUGCAAAUUUUAGACUUAACCAUUUUGAGGGAGUACCUUUCGAAGGACUUCUUCUUCGACUCGACUUACAACUUGGAAAGGUGCAUUGACGAUUUUAUUUUCAUUUGCUUUCUCUGUGGAAAUGACUUUCUGCCACAUUUGCCUUCCAUUUCGAUUGCCGCGGGGAGUAUAGACCAGCUAGUUUUGCUAUACCAGAAGGUGCUGCCCGUGCUGGGGGACUACCUAAUUAACGAGGGGAAAAUCAAUUUGAAGCCCUUUUCCAAAUAUGUGUCCUUCAUCGCGGAGGUCGAAAGGGAAACGUUCAUUUCGCAGUACGAUUUUAAGAAGAAGAGGGAAAAGAGGGACCAGCAGAAGGACUCCCUAAAGAGGGUUAAGUGCACCGAUGAGCAAAAUGAUGGCUCCGGCAACAUCGCCGCCAUGCUGGCGGAUGCUCCGAGAAACAGUCGCGAUUGUAAUAAUGUGGGUGCGGAACAUGGUAAUUCAAGUAGAGGAAGUAUACAGUUUAAGGACGUCAACGUGAGGAAGGGCAGCGGUCAGAGCGACGCCAUGGUAGGGGCCACCCAAGCGGGGGCAGCCUCAGCGAGCUCGCUCACCUCCGCGGCCACGCCUGCACCUGUGAAUAAGAAGAUGCUAUACGAGUCCAAAAUACAGAGCAUGCAGCCGAUUAGGAACUUCAAAUUUAAGGAAAAGAAGGGCGAGAAGAGCAUCAACUUCCUCGUGCGCCCGGCGUCGUCUUCCAUUUCGGAGCAGGCGCCCAACAACGAGCCGUCCUCUUCGCAGAGCGUCAUCGAGGAGGAGGCCCCAUCAUCGGGGGAGGCGGCACAAUGUAAGGCUCAACCCAACGGGGAGGCGGCAGCACAACCGGGGGGCGCUCCCCCCAAAGGAGACCUCCAACGGGACGUGGAAGACGAGGAAACCAAGCGGAUCAACGACAUUAACGAGUUUAACAUGCUCCUUAAGGAGGCGAUCAAAAAGGCAAACGAAUGUGAAAACCCGAAGGAGGACGUAGAGCUUGGGGGGGAUGAAAACCCAGAAUUGAUCAGAAUAAAAUACUACAAGUCGAAGUUUCAUUUAGACGAGACCGACUAUGUAGACGACUUCGUGAAAGAAGUGGUGUACAAAUACAUUGAGGGGUUGGCCUGGGUGCUUUCCUAUUAUUUCCAAUCCUGCCCCAUGUGGCAUUGGUACUACCCCUACUACUAUGCCCCGCUGUCUUCAGACCUAAUCAUUGACAAUGUGAAUUUCACCUUCCAGAAGGACGAGCCGAUUCUUCCCCUUGAGCAGCUACUGUGUGUGUUGCCCUCGAAUUCGAGUCACUGCCUACCGAAGGGGUACCGAGAGUUAAUGGUCAGACAUGAUUCCCCCAUUAUAGAUUUUUACCCGAAAACUUUUAAGGAGGAAGAAAACGGGAAGAAGUACAAAUACCAGUGGGUUAUCCUUCUGCCUUUUGUAGACAAGGAGAGGAUUAUCAAACAUGCCAGAGAGCUGAAUGACACCUUGACGGAGGAGGAGAAGAAGAGGAAUCGCAGGGGGAUGAACAAAAUUUAUAUGAACUGCUCACACGCUCUUUCGAAGCAGAUUACCAAGUCGAUAAAGGCCUACGUGAAGGAAAUGAAGGGGGGGGUUGAGAAGAAGCACGAGGCGGAUGCGAGUGGCAAUGCGAAUGCUAAUGCGAAUGUGAGCGCGCCCGCUGGCAGUACCGUCGACGGGGGGCCGACCCACGAGGGAGACGCGGUCGCGCAGCAGCAGAAGGGGGGCGGCACCGCAAACAACACCGCAAACAGCAACAGCAGCGGAAACGCGUACGACCAUUUUUUCAAGAACAUGAACCUGACCAUCCAGAUAAGCAACAACCGAGAGAUGAACCUGUUUGGCUACCUCAACUGCAAACACGAAGACAGCGACGUUAACAUUUUAAAGAAGAUUUUUAAAUUCUCGUCCAAUUUUUCCACCACGUGCAAUAGCGCGUUCUUCGUCCAGCCAGAACUUAUAAAGCACCGCUCAUCCCUUUUGCCAAACCAUAGGAGACCAAGGAAGGUGCUCACCGUGGUUGACAUCAACAACGAGGAGAGGAAACUCAGGUUCAACGCGCCCGCGGCCAAGAGGAUGAUCUUGAACAGCCUAAGUACCAACCACCCGCAUAUUUACUCCUACGCGAAGGGGAGCCAGCCGAGGAGUCACGUCAUAAAUUAUGGGGGCGGCGGUUACGGGGGUGGCGGCCACGGAGGAGGUGGCUACGGAGGUGGCUACGGAGGUGGGUACGGAAACGGAGGUUAUGGAAACGGAGGUUAUGGAAACGGAGGCUAUGGAGGUGGCGGUCACGGAGGUGGCUACGGAGGAGGCGGCUAUGGAAGUGGUGGCUACGGAAGUGGCGGCUACGGAAGCGGCGGAUACGGGGGCCACGUUGGCCGGGACCACCGAAACAACUACGGCAGCGCGAAUUACAGCUCGCACGCGGGUGCCCCCAAGAACCACGCGCCCUACCACCACGGCCCAAAUUACCAGGGCCACCAAAAUCAUCAAGCCCAUCAAAGUCAAAAUCAGAAUAAAAAUCAAAAUCCCAGCUACGGCAACAGUUACCCCCCGCAGACCUACAAAAACGUGGUCAUGCACAAGGUCCCGAAAAAUGCAGCCCCGGCACACACGUACGACAGCAAAAAGGAGAGCAGCUAUAACAGCGCCUACGACAGUAGCUAUGCAUCCCAUAGAAACCCGCCCAGCAGGGAGAACCCGAACUAUGACGCGCCAUAUAACACUUCCCACAAUUCGAGGUACAAGAACGAGAGCCGUGGUGGGUAUGGAGGUCACGGAGGGCACACCCAUGGCAAUUACAAACACCACGGGGGGUAUGGAAACUAUGGCAACCAUAACAGCAGCCAUAACAGUGAAGUCAACCAGCACAAGCGAGACACCUUCAAAGGCAGCGCGCAAAACGGCGCGCCAGGGAUCAACAAGAAGGCCAACUACAACGGCAGAUCCGUGCCGUAUAAGGACAGGGAAUACUGA